UAUUAUCCAGAAGCAAAAAAAUGAAGAUUAUUCCUACAAAACACUUGUUCCAUUUUUCCUGCCUUCUCGUUUUCUGCAGGUUGCUCUUGGCGGAGGUAGCAUUGGCUCAAAACACAACGGCUACCGCCACCAUUCCAGUAAACGUGGGUGUGGUUCUUGACAUGGAUAUGUGGGUUGGGAAGCUGGGGCUGAGUUGCAUCAACAUGGCCCUGCAAGACUUUUAUUCCUACCACGGUAACUACGCAACCAGAUUGGUUUUAAACAUAAGGGAUUCCAGGGGAGAUGUUGUUGGGGCGGCUGCUGCCGGUACGGCUUCUUUCUUCUCUUUGUUCCUCUUUUUCCUCUCUGCAUUCAUUUUUAGUGAAUAUAUAUUCCUUCUCACAUAAUACAAUACAUAUGAAUUAGAUUUUUUGGAAAUAAUUUCAGUUUAAGAUCUCAUUCUUUUUAAUGGGUUUGAACAUAAACUUAAAAUUUUUUGGUACAAAAUAAUGAUAUUUUUUGAGUUUGACAAUAUAUAAUGUAAUUUCUUCCAUUUUUUGAGUUCCAAGCAGUAAAAAACUGUUAGUUCA